CAUAUGAGCCCCUUACUAUAUAGAGUGCUACGAGUGUUCGUCUACCAAAAGUAUGCGGUCUAAAACAGUACCUUUACGUUAAUUCGUCGCAGGAACUUUUCUGUUAUGAUGGAUUACUAUCUCAUUUAUUUGAAGCUUCACACCAAGCAGCAAUUGCUGUAAGCCGGAUGGUGAAGUCUGAAGACAGGCUAGAGGCCGAUGCCUGGGGCAGCGAGUUCGGUGACAUUUUGCACUUGCGUCGGCUUCGGACUCGGAAUCAACAGCUCUGCAAAAUGUCUCCGAACAGCUCAAAAAGACCGCGGAAAUGGCUUUCUCGCCGUCUUUCCUCUGUUUCUCUUUUUACCAAGCGCAAGAGAUCGAAAUUAUUUACCAUUGUGCACUCCGACUUGCGGUCCACCGAGCAACAUGAUGGAAACCAAGAACAGUUCUCCCGAGCCGGCUCAUACAGCUGAUACACCACCAGCCGAGAUCUCGGACGAGCCAAGGUCUACCUUCAAACCUGAUAUCCGGUUUUGGUUGGUCUUUGCUGCGCUGUGUGUGACUUCCUUGCUGGCUGCUCUCGAAGGAACCGUCACGUCUACUGCUCUUCCUACCAUUGUCGCUGAGCUCCGCGUUGGCCAAGAUUACCCAUGGGUAUCUAACGUCUACUUUUUAACUACAGCAUGUUUCCAGCCGCUCUACGGACAACUCUCUAAUGUCUUCGGUCGCCGAUAUCCCAUGAUCUCGUCCGUCGUCUUCUUUAUCGUCGGUAGUGGUAUUUGUGGAGGUGCCUCGAGCGCGGCCAUGCUUAUUAUUGGCCGUGGGAUUCAAGGCGUUGGAGGAGGUGGAAUUCAAAUGCUUAUCGAACUUAUCGUAUGCGACCUGGUUCCCUUAGCGCAGCGAGGCGCAUAUAUUGGACUGAUGUUUGUCUUCUUUGCUAUCGGCACAUCACUGGGUCCAUUUAUUGGCGGUGCUAUUGUUAGCAACACUACCUGGCGAUGGGUCUUUUACCUUAACCUUCCGAUUGGAGGCGCGGGUCUGGUUCUGCUGAUCCUCUUCCUACAAGUGAACUAUAACCGCGAGAUGUCGGUUAAGGAGAAGCUGAAGCGCUUAGAUUUCUUCGGAAACUUGCUGCUGAUUAGCGCAAUCGUGUCUAUUCUGAUUGCGCUUAGCUGGGGCGGCACUCGUUACCCCUGGUCCUCAGGCCACGUUCUCGCACCUCUACUUAUCGGUCUCCUUGGAAUUCCAGCAUUUAUCUUCCUUCAAGGUACUCCGCUUGUUAAAGAGCCGACCACCCCAUUGCGACUGUUUAGCAACCGCACUUCCACUAUAGCGUUCUUGAACACCUUUAUACACGGCCUCGUCAGCUUCUGGAUUCUAUAUAUGCUUCCGGUCUACUUUCAGGCUGUCCUACAAUCUUCUCCCGAGCGCUCCGGCGUGCAGCUUCUCCCGACCGUGAUCUCUAUGAUUCCUAUCGCCGGAGUAUCGGGCGCAAUUCUCUCUAAGACAGGUAAUUAUAGAGUACUCCAAAUCGUCGGCUUUGCUCUCCUUACUAUCGGCCUUGGCACUUUCACAAUACUGGGCCCCGGCUCUUCCACCGCAGCGUGGACGUUAACGCAAAUGGUCGCUGCGUUCGGCGGUGGAGUGAUUAUGCCCGUUCUUCUGCCCGCGGUCCAGGCUGGACUCGAGGAGAAAGACGCGGCCACUUCCACGGCUCUCUGGGCCUUUAUCCGCAGCUUCGGCAUGAUUUGGGGUCUCGCGGUACCCGCAGCUAUCUUUAACAAUCAAUUCGAUAAGUUUGCCUCGUCGAUCAGCGAUAGCUCGGUACGUGAUUUGUUUUCUGGGGGCAAUGCGUAUGCCUACGCCUCGGGUGCGACCAUCAAUGCGCUCCCAGCCCGGGUGCGAGCUGAGACUAUCGAUGUGUAUACGCGUAGUCUGCGGGUGGUGUGGCAGGUGUCCAUCGGUUUUACGGGGUUGUCGUUCCUGCUCACCUUCUUGCAGAAGAAUAUCAAGUUGCGGUCGCAUCUGGAGACGGAUUACGGGCUGAAAGAGAAGGAGAAGGACGCAAAGGAGGGUUCGGAUAGAACUUUGGGGGCUCAUGAAUCGCGUUCAGGAUAGCCGUGUUGUUAGAGGCAGGGACAGAUGCUUUUGAACUUGCCUGUUGUUUUUCGUUGGUGCCCUGUAAGCCUGUCAGGAAGGCGAAGUUGGCGAGGAAGGAAGGGUUGGAUGGUGCGUCUAUAGAGCGAGGACCUUUUCUCAGAAUUCUGCUCAGUACUCGCAAUUUAGCUAAUAGUACUGAGCUAAACGAUCGACACUUGACAUUUCUGGUUCUGCCUAACCCUGUAUAACUUCAAUACUCCGUUUAACAUCCCACUGCUCAUCCAAGAAC